AUGGCCUCCAACAGUGUCACCGCGCAACAGCUCGCCGAUGCGAAAGCCAAGUUCAAGGAAGACGGCUGGGCCGUCGUUCCUGACGUGAUCAGCACCGAGAAGGCAAAGGAGGUUGUUGACCGACUAUGGGAAGCCAAGAAGGAGAGCGAGCGUCGCGGCGACCCUACAUUCCUCGGCUGGCUGGACCCCAACGCCAGCAAUGUUCGUGUCUUCUACCUCAUGGAGCUGGACCCCGUCUUCCGCGAACUGAUCUCGCACCCGACCGCGGUCGAGAUGGUGCAGUCGGCGCUGGGCCAGAACUUCCUGGUCUCGAACUUCACGGCGAACAUCGCCCUUCCCGGCUCGAAGUCCAUGGGCCUGCACUCCGAUCUAUCCCUGCAGUGCCCCGACCCCUGGCUCUCGACGUGGGGAUUGAACGUAAUCUGGUGUCUGCACGACACCUACAAGGAGAACGGCGCGACGAUGUACAUCCCCGGAAGUCAUAAGUGGACGGCCAAGUCGCAGGUUCCCUCUGACGAGGAGGCGAAGGAGAUGCUGGUGCCGUUCGAGGCUAAGGCCGGGUCAAUUAUUGUGAUGGAUGGCCGCCUGUGGCAUACGUCAGGCUGCAACACGACGGAGGACAAGGAGCGUGCUCUUCUUUUCGGUGCCUACAACGCUCCGUUCCUUAGAGGACAAGUAAACUGGGGUGUUGGAUUGUCGGAGGAGACGAAGAAGACUCUUAGCCCUCAGCUGCGCGAGUGGCUUGGUGUCAACCGUGAUGGAAACCUUGGAGUCGUGACGGGUGUUAAUGAUGUCUUUGCCGAGGGCUCCGCUCCUCCGGCCGCCGCAUAA